UCCGACUUCUUCGUUGCGAUUGAAACGACUCGAAGAUAGGUUCCGAAUUCGAGGCUUGCUAGCUGGCAACGGUUUCCGGCCCCGUAUGCGGGUGAAGUGAUUCAGAUGAUGGCGAGGUUUGCGGGAAAGAAUGCCAACACUGCGCAAAGGGAAAUUCUUUUCUUUGAGGUUCUUUUGGUUGUUGUUGUUGUUGUUGUUGGCAGGCGAGGCUGUGUGCGCCGCUGGUGAAGCCCUACCGGAAGCCCAACGAGGAUUCUUCGUGUGGAGUGGGGGUUUCUUGCCCAAAAGAGAUCCCCUCACGGCGUGCCCAACAGCCAGACCGAACUUCAAGAUUUCAGAUAGUGGGCAGAGAAGAAAUCGAGGACGAAGUUAAGUGCUGCUAUUGCGAAGUUAAGUGCUGCUAUUGAACAGAACU